AUGUACAAGAGACGUGACUACAAGCUCAAUCGUGCAUAUGCUCAUAGCCCUUCAACUCUUGAAAUGAUCUCGAUUAUGAUUUGGAAGUUCCUGUACUUUCUCGGAAGAGUUGCUCGCACUCCAGUGGAUUUGGUUUCUGGCUCCUUCCGUUCGUUCUAUCUGGCUCUAACACGAAUGUACCAUACCGUUCUGGCAAAGAAGAGCAAUCAAAUCACAAGGGAGAAUGCUAUGAAGCAACUGUAUGAACCAAGUCAAAGGUCUUACUACUCAUCUUCAGUAUACUCCAAUACUCAAGACGAGGACUAUGACAGCGACUUCAUCGAUGAUGAAGAGACUUACGAUGAACCUGGGCCAUCGAGCGGCUACGGUAAUGGUCACCUUCAAAAGCAGUACUAUCUUCGCUCCCGUGCCAUAAACGCGUACGACUCAGAAGAUGAUGACACUCCAAGGUUUCGUAAGAGCGUUCGAUUCGAUGUGUCGUCGUCUGCUGCGGGGUACGGUGCAGGCCAGUCUCGCAAGAUGUCCAAGGCUCAUCGUAUUGCCACGUGGCUAGGCUCGGCCGCGUCGUCAACGGUUUACUAUACGCAGUGUGGAAUCAAUUUCAUCGGCGCAUGUCUCAGGAAGCCAUUCGAUAUAAUCGAUCAAGCGUACUCAUACUAUGUUGCUGAUUCCGAUUCGUCUACUAAAGCUAAUUACUUGUCACCUCUGCAACUUCGUUCUGGAAACCGUUAUGGUUACCGGUCCCCCGCUUACAAAAAUAUUGACGGGAGUGAGCGCAGAGCAUAUGUCGGUGGCCCGCCGUCUUCAUUCGCCUCUGAACUAAAAUCGAUGGCUUCAUACAUCCUGUACUUACCCUGUCGCGCCUUCCUAUUUGUAGCCUUUGCCGCUGCGGACCUUUGCCGUGGAUUGAUCUCGAGAGUGCCUGCUGUAUUUGGAUGGCUCUGGGAGACAAGCAAGAGUGUCACCAGUGAACUGUUCAGUAGACGUCGCCGUUGGCUAUGGUGGCUAUUACCUCUGGUCAUCCUGCUCCUACUUCUUCUAUCGCGCCGUGGUGACAGUGAUCGCUUGAUCAUUCUUGGACAUGAUGUUUCCGAUUUGCACGAACAAGUAUCCAACUAUGCCUAUAAUUUCGUUGAUUCUAACAGGAUCUAUGCAAAAUCGCUGAACUCCAUUUACGAUGAAUAUUGGCGCAGUGGGAAGGUGGCCAGCUACAGUUUACUAUCCAGGAUUACUUCCGCGAUAUCAAAUGGUUAUCUUUUCAUCACUACAGUGUUAAGAACCAUAGUCGACCUCAUCGCUACAUCAUUGUCAGAUCUUACCAAAGCCGUGGUCGGUUUCUUUGCCAGCACUAGCCAUGAUACUUACAGCAAACUGCCUUCGGUUGCGUCAUUCAAAUCUUCCGCUCAUGAAAUGUUGGCAUCAACCGAGAAACAUCUAAGCCGUGGACUCAUAUCGCUUUCUAAUCUCGCAUCAAUGAUUGCUAGCGGGAUCCGCAGCUGGUGUAGCGUGAUCUGGAGCGGCAUCAUGUCCGUUUUCUACAUGAUCGGCAGCAUUUUCCAACGACCACAUCUUCCCGUCAUAGAACAGAAGGCGACCGAACUAGUACACGAACCCCUGCAUACGACAACAACUAUUCAGGAUCAUGUGGAUACCAAGUCGAAUAUUGUCUACGUUCCAUCUCCAUCGCCAUCGAUUGAUGAGACGAAAUUGAUCGAGAAGAUCAGCGCCAUUGUGCGAGCAAAAAUGGACCAAGAUCUCAAACUCAAACUGGAAAAGGAACUGAAGUCGCUAACUGCUUCCUACGAGCAGAAGCUUUCAAACAUGAAAGUAGAGAAACAGCGCGCUGAAGUUGAUUAUUCUCAUUUGGAGUCGCUAAUCCGUUCGGCAAUUUACGAGUACGAUAGCGACAAGACGGGCAUGUUCGAUUUUGCUUUAGAGAGUGCUGGAGCAUCCAUAAUCUCAACUCGUUGUUCUGAGAAUUACGAUACUUACACACGCCUUGAAAAGAUUUGGAACAUACCACUGUGGUACUCCAGUUACGGUCCAAGAACUGUUAUCCAGCGCAACUCGAAGACACUGUUCCCCGGGGAAUGCUGGUCGUUCAAGGGACCUGUGGGAUAUAUCACCAUAGGGCUUUCACAUCCUAUCAAUGUCACAAUCGUCAGUUAUGAGCACAUUGGUGCACAUCAGGCUCCGGGUGGCGAACGCCCAAGCGCCCCCAGAACAUUCAAAAUAUGGGCUUAUAAAUCGGAGGCUGACAUGAAUACUAGAGUUCUUCUUGGCGAUUUCAUGUACGACAUCAAGGGGAGCCCUCUUCAGUUUUUCGUCAUCAAGACUCAGCCAGACUAUCCGGUGCAGAUAAUAGAAAUGGAAGUGACAAGCAACUAUGGUGCAGAAUACACGUCUCUUUAUCGCCUUCGUGUCCAUGGCUCGCUUUACAAACCUGGACACGAAUAG